AUGGGUGCCACUCGCGCUGAGAAGGAGGUCUACUUCACCAAGCUCCGUGCUCUCAUUGAGAAGUACCCCUCGGUCUUCAUUGUCAACAUUGACAACGUCUCGUCGCAGCAGUGCCACAUGGUCCGCUCGUCGCUCCGCGGCAAGGGUGUGGUGCUCAUGGGCAAGAACACCAUGGUUCGCCGUGCUCUCCGCACCAUCCUCCCCGAGUUCCCCCAGUUCGAGAAGAUCCUCCCCUUCGUCAAGGGCAACAUCGGCUUCAUCUUCACCGACUCUGACCUCAAGGAGGUUCGCGAGAUCGUUGUCUCGAACGUCGUCGCCGCCCCCGCCCGUGCCGGUGCCAUUGCCCCCUCGGACGUCUACGUCCCCGGCGGUAACACCGGUAUGGAGCCCGGAAAGACCUCGUUCUUCCAGGCCCUCGGUAUCCCCACCAAGAUUGCCCGUGGUACCAUUGAGAUCGUCUCGGACGUCCAGGUCGUCACCGCCGGCUCCAAGGUCGGCCAGUCGGAGGCUACCCUCCUUAACAUGCUCAACAUCUCGCCGUUCACCUACGGUAUGACUGUUGUCCAGGUUUACGACAACGGCGCCGUCUUCCCCUCGUCGGUUCUCGACAUUGAGGAGCAGACCCUCCUUGACCAGUUCUCGGCUGGCAUCAAGACCAUUGCCGCCAUCUCGCUCGCCAUUGGUGUCCCCACCAUCGCCUCGGUCGCCCACUCGCUUGUCAACUCGUACAAGAACAUCCUCGCCAUCUCGAUCGCCACCGAGUUCGAGUUUGAGGCUUCGCAGAAGAUCAAGGAGAUGCUCGCCAACCCCGAGGCCUUCGCCGCCGCCGCUGCCCCCGCCGCCGCUGAGGCUUCGUCGUCGUCGGCCCCCGCCGCCGAGGAGAAGGUCGAGGACAAGGAGGAGUCGGACGACGACAUGGGCUUCGGUCUCUUCGACUAA